AUGGUCAAAAUCACCAUCCUGGGUGCAGGUGUCACCGGCAUGACAAUUGCCAGUCAGCUGCCAAUCGAUUACAAGAUCACCAUUAUUGGAAAGCACCUCCCCGGGGACCCAGAGGAUUUCAACUUCGCCAGUAACUGGGCGGGCGCAUGUUGGGUUGGCGUGCCCGAUUCGAGCCCUCGAGACCGGAAGCUACAACUGGACUCAUACGCCGGGCUUUGGAAGAUCGCUUCCGAGCACCCUGACUCUGGCCUUCGAAUCUCUCAAGUUACAGAGAUCAUGGAGACUGGCUCUCCCGAUACCAUCUGGUUCCACGACAAGAUCCGCGGAUUCCGAUUCUUGAAGCCCGACGAAUUGCCUGCCCGCGCGACCUGGGGCAUGACCUACAAAUCCAUCAUUAUUUCUCCACCUGUUUUUCUGAAAUGGUUGAGAGCGCGGCUUGAGGCGAGGGGUGUCGAGUUCAAACGCAUGUCGGUCGAGAACUUGGAUGAGCUCAAGAGCUUGGGUCACGAUAUUCUCAUCAAUGCUUCUGGUGCAAGCUCAAAGCAAUUGCCGGGCGUUGCCGAUAAAACCCUUAUUCCGUGCCGACUUCAAUCGAUUGUGAUGGAAAAGGAUUGGGAUAAAGGAUUCAUCUACCGUGGCCGUGAUGGAUACUACUUCAACAUCUUUGGUCGACCAGACGGUACCUGCUACGUCGGUGGCUUCAAGGAUUUUGGCGUUGACGAUCGAACCGUCUACGACGAACAGAGACAAACGAUUUUAGCUCGCGGCCACCAGGUACUGCCCGAUGUCAUGAAAUCAGAUCGACCUGAAGACUACAAGAUCCUAUACGACAUUGCCACAUCAUACAUGUUAAGACGGCAGGAGCAUGGAGGUGCCAGGGUCGAGAGGGAAGUGAUCAAUGGUCAAAAGGUUGUGCAUGCAUACGGCCAGGAGGCGGGAGGAUUCACCUAUAGCUUCGGUAUGGCAAGGGCUGCCAGUGAACUCGUUGCGCAGUACGCGUACGAGCUUCCUGUUCCUAGCCACUUGUAG